AAGAUAAACAGUGUUCAACAUGUCGUCCACUAGCACGGUUCCGGAAUACGUUCGUCAGCGAGUGUUGAUCGUUGCCAAGCAGCAAGGUUUCGGAAACAAUCCGAACAUCACCUAUGAGCCUGGAUCGAAGACGGGCGAUGGUUACAUCGGGCUGAUCGUGCGAGCGCGGCUCAUCGAAACGAAUCCCACGGCACGACCAUCGUUAUCGAUCAUCUGCAAGUUUCCCCCGGAAGAUCGCCAGCAGCGUGAACAGUUCAAUGCGAUGGCGCUAUUCGAACGAGAGCAUUUCAUCUAUCAACGCGUUCUGCCAGCGUUCGAGGAGCUUCAACAGGAGUGUGGUCUAAGCGUUGGAGAUGAUCUGCACUUUGGUAACUAUCCCAAAUGCUACCACUCGUACUGCGACACCGAGCGCGUGGAGGCGGUGCUGAUUUUAGAAGAUUUAAUCGAUCCAGACCGCCCAGCACUUACGAUGCUUAAUCAGUACGAUCGUGUGGAUUACGAUCAUGUGCGUGUGCUUAUGGUGGCGCUUGGCAAGCUGAAUGCUUGUUCAUUUGCACUUAAACAGCAACGCCCUGAGCUGUUUGCGGAGAUACAACGACUUAACGAUCUACUAUCGAUCGUACUCAACACGGAGCAGAUGGCACCUCUAACACCACGCCACUGCAUGUUGGCAGCAUCGGCGUUUGAACCCAGUGAGCUGCCUCCGGAUCAUCAUGCAGAGAUGCUCAAUCUGGCUACGGAUAUGUGGCGUCGUGCCGGUGCUCAUAUCCAAGGGAAACACGCGGAACCGUAUGCCGCUCUAAAUCACGGAGAUUGCUGGACGAACAACGUUAUGUUUGGGUACGAUACUGAGGGCCAUGUCAAGGACAUUUGCUUACUGGACUGGCAAAUGGCUCGCUAUAGCUCACCGGUUCUUGAUUAUGUGCUUUUCAUAUAUCUUUGCGGAGAGCGAGAACUACGACGAGAUAAAUUCGAGUCGCUCGUCGCAACUUUUUACAAUUCCUUCUCCAAUACGUUACGUCGUUUGGGAGUUGAUCCCGAACGGAUCUUAGCCAGGCAUGAAUUAGAUAAUCAAGUGAAACGAUUCGGUCGUUUAGCACUGGCAAUGGGCACGUAUGCAUUACCAAAUCUAGCUCAGCUUCCCGAGGAUAUUAGACUAAAUCCCGAAGGGCAUCGAAACGACGUACGGCUACAGAAUUAUCAUCGAAUGAUGCGUGAGCUUGUCGAAGAUACGGCCGAAUUUGUCCAUUUCGCCCCAAUAAAUCAAUAAUGAUGGGAUAAAUAAAUAGAAAACACCAUUGCUGUACUCACCGUUCCAUAUCUAUCUUGAUGUUUACCGGCCAGCACCUUCAC